CCAGUCACCUCCUCGACUCCCCAAAGUCGCACACCACUCCUGCCCCCGCCAGCUCGCUCCCCUUCCCCGAUCUCUGCACCGAUCCCAUCCAUGGCGACCCACUGGGGCAGCUCCCCGGCCGACGAGCACGACGACUUCGACGAGUUCGACCCCACGCCCUACGGCGGCGGCUACGACCUCUUCGUCACCUUCGGCCGCCCGCUCCCGCCCUCCGACGAGACCUGCUACCCCUGCUCCGCCCCCUCCACCUCCUACGACGCGCCCCACUACGCCGCCGAGGAGCCCUCCCCCUACGGCCACCACCACAAGGCACAGCCCGCCCCAGGCUUCCGCCCCCAGCACGAGCAGCAGCAGCCGUCCUACGGCGGCGGCGGAUCCGGGUACGGCGGAUCCAGGCCCCAGCCCGCCUACCAGGAGGAGGAGCAGCAGCAGCAGCACUCCUACGGCGGCGGCGGCUACGGAUCCGAGGCCCAGCCCGCCUACGGCUUCCGCCCCCAGCAGGAGGAGCAGCAGCACUCCUACGGCGGCGGCGGCGGCGGCUACGGAUCCGACCCGCCCCGCCGCUCCGAGGAGGACACCUACGGAUCUGGGUACGGCAGGAAGCCGCAGCAGGAGGAGGACAGCUACGGCUCUGGCUACGGCAGGAAGCCGGAGCCCGAGGAGGGCUACGGUUCUGGCUACGGAUCUGGCUACGGGUCCAAGCCGCAGGUGGAGGAGCAGGCCUACGGCUCGGAGUACGGUUCUGGGUACGGGAGGAAGCCACAGCCGGAGGAGACCUACGGAUCCGGGUACGGUGGGAGGAGGGUUGAAGAUGAGGUCGAAGGUGAGUAUGGCUCCGGUGGGUAUCGGAAGCCAAAGCCCUACGGCGAGGAGACCCAGGGUUCAUACGGCUAUGGCCAGAGCGCUGGGUACGAGAAGCCCAGCUACGGCGGGGAGGAGGAAUACGGCCGCAAGAAGCAGGACGAUGAUGAUUCUGAUGAUGAAAACAAGAAACGUCACCACCACCAUCGCCGCCACAACUACGAUGACUAAGCAUUCAGCAUGGUCUUGAUCUGCGGCCACCCCCACAUCUAGCUACUACACGAAUAAAGCUUGUCUUGUUACCUUCUGGAUACUCUGGAUCAUUGUUCUGUUACUAUGAAUUUGUACAACUCCAAACUAAAGUGGGCGAUGUGGGUGGUUUAUAUGUUUGAAUUA